AAUUUGUUUGUGUUGUUCUAAUUAAAAUGAGUUCCAGUGAAGCAAGUAACGACGAAGUGGAGAAUGUUCUAGUAGAAACUUUGAUACCAGCGAAAUCUAAAGAAAAAUAUUUGAAUGUGUACGAUGGAUUUAUAAAGUGGAAAGACCAAAACAAUGAAAAAUCUUUCUCCGAGAAAGUAUUCUUGAAUUACUUUAACGAAAUUGCCAAGAAAUUGAAGCCGAGCAGUUUGUGGGGGAUAUAUUCAAUGUUGAAAACUACAAUGCGUGCAAAACACAACAUUUAUUUGCAGGACUAUUUUAAUCUUCGUGUGUGGCUGAGGAAACGCAGUGUUGGAUUUAAAAGCAGUCAGUCUAAAAUUUUGACUCAAGAGAAUAUAAGGAAAUUUAUAGACGAAGCCCCAGACACGCAGUAUUUAGCGGCAAAGGUGGCGCUUAUCCUGGGUGUUUGCGGACAGCUGCGAGCUAUUGAUUUAACCUGUUUUAACACUAACAACAUAAAGGUCGUCGACGGCUUAAUGAUUGGAGUAUUGAAUGAUGCCCAGAACAAGACCGAAAAAAUAUUCGUCAUUCGAGAUGAAUUCAUUCCAUGGGUGCAAAAAUAUCAGGCAUUGAGGCCUGCCCACGUAGACACGGAGAGAUUCUUCCUGAACUUAAGAGAUGGUAACUGUACAAAACAAGUAAUUGGACGUCAUAAAAUGGGAAAUUUGCCCAAAGAAAUAGCUGCCUAUUUGAAGUUGCCGCACCCGGAACGUUUUACUGGACACUGUUUUCGGCGAUCGGCGCAUGCUAUUGGUGCGGUUGUAAGCAAUGUAGACAAAAGCAACAGAGAACAACUUCGAACCACAGUCCAGGGCGAGAUUUCAGAUGUAUUGGAGUUCGCAAGGCGAUACAGGAAAGGUGAUUCCGUUGAGCAAGAUGUAUUUUUGGUCACUAGUAAGAGUAAUAUUCAGGCUGCAAAUAAGGAACUUGUGAAUGAGAUUAAAAAUAAAACCGAAAGGAUAGAUGAAGAUACUAUCGAUGAGGUUUAUGUUAAAGCCGAACCGUUCGAUGAAACCAUCGGGGAUCCUAUAAAUGCUUUUGAUAGAAACGAUUCGAUAAGAUCCAAACCCUCUGUUCCUGGUAGGUCUUCCCAAUUGUCCGAUGUUGUUAUGGAGAAUUCUGAUGAUUCCUUAGAUAUGAUUCGCAUCAUGAGCGAAGACGUGGACCGAUCGACCACCUUGCAAGCCCUUCGGGAGGAGUCAUCACAAGGAACGUCUAGCCAGAAUGAUACAAAAAUAACAGUAGCUGGAAAGAAUAUAACAAUAAUUUUUAAAAACUGUACUAAUGUUGGUAAUGUAACUGUCAAUGUUAUUAAUAAAUAGAUUUCAAACGUU